GGCUUCGCCCCGGAAGCCCCGGCUCCUGCCCUGCGCUGCCGCCCGGUGUGCGGCCGCCCCACGCCCGCGGCCGCGAUGCCGGCCGGCGCCCCGCGGGGCUGGUGAGCGAUGAGCCGGCUGCUCCGCCUGGCGCACGCAGUCACCUGGGCCGCCCUGCGCCGCCGGGGUCGCGGCUGCGCCGCGCUCGGCAUGUUUUACGCCGUGCGGCGGGGCCGCCAGACCGGGGUCUUCCAGACCUGGAAUGAAUGUAGAGUCCAGGUGGACCGGUUUCCAGCUGCCAGAUUUAAGAAGUUUGCCACAGAAGAGGAGGCCUGGGCCUUUGUCAGAAAAUCUGGGAGCCCUGAUGGUACAGAAGGGCAGAAAAAUGAACCUGUACAAGAAUCACCAGUGAAAGCAAACAAACGACAUCAUGAGUGCCUGAAGGAAGCUGAAGAAGAAAGCACAGAGCCCUGUGCAAAGCUUGUGAAACAGAACACAGACUCAGUGCCGGCGAUUGACAAAAGCACAUUCUCUUAUAUGGGAGAUUUUGUCGUCGUCUAUACGGAUGGCUGCUGCUCCAGCAAUGGGCGCAGGCGGGCACGGGCAGGAAUCGGUGUUUACUGGGGGCCCGGCCAUCCUCUAAAUGUAGGCAUUAGGCUUCCUGGUCGACAGACAAACCAAAGAGCAGAAAUUCAUGCAGCCUGCAAAGCCAUCGAACAAGCAAAGGCUCAAAACAUCAGCAAGCUGGUUCUGUACACAGACAGUAUGUUUACUAUAAAUGGCAUCACUAACUGGGUCAAAGGCUGGAAGAAAAAUGGAUGGAAAACAAGCACAGGGAAAGAGGUGAUCAACAAGGAGGACUUUGUGCGGCUGGAGAAACUCACUCAGGACAUGGACAUUCAGUGGAUGCAUGUUCCUGGUCAUUCAGGAUUCGUGGGCAAUGAAGAAGCAGACAGAUUAGCGAGAGAAGGAGCGAAGCAAUCCGAAGACUGAAGUAAUCUCGUUUCUCGGAAAAGCUUGAGCCAGUGGCUGUCUUGUUUCCUUUCCUUCCUGGGCUGAAAGAUCCGGGUGCAGAUGGCCCACUGGCUGCAGCCGACUGACAGACACCACCUUCAAGCUGAGUCAAAGAGGCCAAGUGGCAUUCUGUGAUACCAUAUGCUGAAACAUAGCGAAGUGGAUAAGAAGUGAAAUGUACUUGAAACUUGAGGUUUAUUUGAAAUUUCAGCAUUCUGUUUUAUUUGGUAUAUACUUUUACUGCUUGUAAAUGUAUAUUUUUAGAACUUUGAUUUAGUAAUGAAUAAAAAAAAAAAUUGGUUGAAAACUGCAGACAAGCA